GUGGAUUCAGGCUAUAGCGAAGCAAAGUAAUGCAACAUCAAGCUUACCAACCCGUUUUGCCCUGUGUUAAUAAAUAUCUGCAAUACAGAUGGGACAAAAACUGCUAUGAGAUGCACAAGAACAAGGUAAAAUCCGCAAAACCAACUAUCAACACAACUCCACCGAAAACCUAUAACCAUCUUCUUGUCAAACUGAAGAAACGACAGCUUGAAGAAGAACGGGUUUCGAGAAUCAAAAGAGAAAAUCACAUGCUUCUCGACAAAAUGUCCCAUAUAAUGCAGACCAGCGGGGGAGUUGACUGUAGAAAUGACUAUGUAAAGAAAAGUCUUGGCUCAGAAAAAAGACAGCAGGAGCUGCUUCGCAUCACUAAAGAGAAUCAGCGUAUCCUUCAGGGUUUGUCCACCUGCAGGCCCCGUUACAGCGCUCAGGUGUGGCACGAGCAGUGGCUCAAAAACCUUGAGCUCAUGGACACCAUCGGGAGAUAUCCGCGUCUGUACGCAGCACACGGAUCCUCCUUGCCACCAAUUUCAGCAGAGAGACAUGGGAAGGUAGAGAACAAGAAAACUGCAAGAAAUGAUCAUGAACGGUCUACUAACAUAAGGGAUGAGAGAAAGGAAUGUGAUGAGAAGACAAAAUCUGAACACAAAGUUACAUCAGAAGAAGAAGAAGCCUAAUUCAUGCAAAAUAUGGAAGACUAGAAAUAUUCUUAGUGAAUUCUAAGUGAUGCCACUGCUGUGGUUAAGUACAUAACGAUUCAAUGGUGAAUCAUAACCGCUAGGGGUCACUUUACAGUCAAUGUUCUGAGUAUGUACAACUAAUUUAAUCUUUUUGCUACUGUUUUUUUCUCUUUUAUUUCUCAUUUGCUGUUUGAUGUUUUUUUACUCUAAAUUUCGUGUUGUAUUGUAAUUUCGUUUUUAUUAUUAACCUCGUACAAUAUACACAUCCCCUGUACAAAUUUAAAUCUAAAUACAAGCAUUAAACCAAUUAUGUCUGACAUAUAACCAGAUAUGACUAUAUGACUUGUCUAAAUAAACAAAUGAAACAUUAAAUUUU